UUUUUUUUUAAAAAAAUAGUGAUCAUUUUACAUAAUUGGAUUCUCAUGGAAUCGGGACAAUCUCCAUCCGCGUUUCACGUGGCCGCUCUAGCGUUCCCGUUCGGAAGUCAUGCCACUCCCCUCCUAGCACUUGUUAAGCGAUUAUCCGAGGCUGCGCCGAACGUGACCUUCUCAUUUCUCAGUACCGCCGCGUCUAACUCUACACUCUUUUCGGGAUCAUCGCAUUCUAAUAUAAAGCCCUUCAACGUUUCCGACGGAAUAAAGAAUGGGAACGCGUUUCCUCGGGAUUUUAUGGAAGGCAUAAACAUGUUCCUAUCUGCCUCCCCCGGGAACUUCUCGGAAGCGAUUAGGGCUGCAGAGGCGGAGACAGGAAUUAGAGUAAGUUGCUUGAUAACCGAUGCUUUUUUGUGGUUUUCUAGUGAUUUGGCUUUAGAAUUUGGUGUCGAUUGGAUUGCAUAUUGGACUUCGGCUGCGUGUUCCCUUUCAACUCAUCUUCAAACGGAUCUUAUAAGAACAACCGUUGGGAAUAAAUGUAAAGGAGUGGAAAAAGAAUUAGAACAUCUUGAGUUCAUACCGGGGCUGGCUAAAGUGGAGAUUGAUGACUUACAACCCGAGAUCCUCUCGGGUGACUUGAACUCGCCAUUUUCGGAAUUACUCCGAAAAAUGGGAUUGAAGCUCCCAAACGCAACCGCAGUCGUAGUAAACUCCUUUGAAGCCUUGGAGCCCACCAUCAUACAGGAUUUCAAAUCCAAACUUAAGAAAAGCCUCUGCAUUGGGCCGGCAAGCCUCGCCACGUUCUCCGACGAAAGUGGUUCCCUUAGUUGGUUGGACAGUUGUGCGGCCGCAUCAGUCGUGUACAUUGCGUUUGGAUCCGUAGCUAUGCUGUCCCCAGACGAGAUUCUUGCCUUGGCGGAGGCAUUGGAAGAAGCCCAAUUCCCAUUCCUUUGGUCAAUUAAGGACGACGCGAAACGGUUCUUACCAAAUGGUUUUCUUGAGAGGACAAAGGUCAAGGGAAAGUUUGUAUCUUGGGCACCGCAAGUGCAAGUUCUCAAGCACGCGUCGGUUGGCGUGUUUGUGAUGCAUGGUGGGUGGAACUCCGUUUGUGAGGGCAUAAUUGGCGGGGUGCCCAUGAUUUGUAGGCCAUUCUUUGGGGAUCAUAGUCUCAAUAGUAGGAUGGUUGAGAGCGUGUGGGAAAUUGGCGUCAAGAUUCCGAGAGGCAAAUUCACAAAAAGUGAGGUUAGCGGCGCCUUAAAGAGGGUUUUGUCGUCGGAAAAGGGGGAUAAAAUGAAGGUGAACGUUCAACGUCUCAAGGAUGAGGGUUUAAAGGCUGUUGAGCCACAUGGAAGUUCAACUGCAAAUUUCAAAACUUUGGUGAAGAUUAUCACAAAUAACGAUAAUUAGAGGAUUUAAUUUCUAAUAAUUAAAUAAAUGGUUAGUUAAGCUUGUAUUAGCUACAUAUGGCUUAAGUUAUUUUCACCAUGUAAUUGUAAUUUGGGAGCUUAUUUAAUGUAAUAAUAAGGCAUUUUG